CCGUCUGUCAGUCCCGCCCAGAGUCCCGCAGGCUUGCCCGCGCCGUGUGCGGGUCGCUCUUCCCCCGUCCGUCCGCACUGGGGCGGCCCAGGCCGCUCCCUUGACGGUCCUUCGCCGACGCCACUAUGUCCUCCUUCUCCGAGUCGGCGCUGGAGAAGAAGCUGUCGGAGCUGAGCAACUCUCAGCAGAGCGUGCAGACCCUGUCCCUGUGGCUCAUCCACCACCGCAAGCACGCAGGACCCAUCGUCUCCGUGUGGCACCGCGAGCUCCGCAAAGCUAAAUCAAAUAGAAAGCUUACUUUUCUGUACUUAGCAAACGAUGUCAUCCAGAACAGUAAAAGGAAAGGACCUGAGUUCACAAGAGAGUUUGAGUCUGUCCUUGUGGAUGCUUUUUCUCAUGUUGCCAGAGAGGCAGAUGAAGGCUGUAAAAAGCCUUUAGAAAGAUUGCUGAACAUCUGGCAAGAACGAAGUGUGUAUGGCGGCGAGUUCAUACAACAGCUGAAGCUGUCUAUGGAGGACUCCAAGAGCCCUCCCCCCAAAGUAACAGAAGAGAAGAAAUCUCUAAAGCGAACCUUUCAGCAAAUACAGGAAGAGGAAGAUGAUGACUAUCCUGGAAGCUACUCUCCCCAAGAUCCUUCCGCAGGACCUCUCUUGACCGAGGAACUAAUCAAGGCUUUGCAAGAUCUGGAAAAUGCUGCAUCAGGGGAUGCUACUGUUCGACAGAAAAUUGCCUCUCUGCCCCAGGAAGUGCAAGACGUGUCUCUGUUGGAGAAAAUAACAGACAAAGAGGCAGCUGAACGUCUUUCAAAAACAGUAGAUGAAGCAUGUCUGUUACUAGCAGAAUACAACGGGCGCCUGGCAGCAGAAUUGGAAGACCGGCGCCAGCUGGCUCGGAUGCUGGUGGAGUACACCCAGAAUCAAAAAGAUGUUUUGUCAGAAAAGGAGAAAAAGCUAGAAGAGUAUAAGCAGAAGCUUGCACGAGUGACCCAGGUCCGCAAGGAGCUCAAGUCCCACAUUCAGAGCUUGCCAGAUCUCUCCCUCCUACCCAACGUCACAGGGGGCUUGGCACCUCUGCCCUCUGCUGGUGACCUCUUCUCAACUGACUAAGAAGCUGUCGUGCCCCAGGUUCCCGUCUGUGCCAGGAGAAAGAAGGCAAGUCACGGUUGGAGAUGACCUCCUUGGCCCCGGUUCUCCCUCCGCCUCCAGAACGAGCCGUGGACCUCGGCUUUGCAUUCUCCCCACACCCUCCUGAGCGCAGUUCAGAGCAGUGGGAGUGGACCCAAGUCUCAGUUCAUCUUCGCAAAGACUCUCUCCCUACUCUUGUUUUUAUGCCCUGUUUGUGUUCCAUUCUUACCUCUCUCUUAUACCCCAGAAACGAUGAAAAUCAUGUGUACUUCUGGGAGCUUUCAAGAGUGAUAGCACACGUCAUGGAGACAGCACUUGAGCUGGGCUUGGCCAGGCUCAGAACAGGCUCCUGUUGAGGGUCUCGCACUGUAGAUGUUGGCUUUCCUGGCUACCAUCUGCCCCCAAAGGUUGACGGCAUAGCCAUACAGUUUGCCAAAUCGCUAACCUCCCCUUCUGUUACUUCUAGUAGAGAAGUAUAGUCAAGGCUAGAUGUGUUAAUUUUGUGAGCAAACCAGAGACUCUAGCAGUGAGAUUCAGAGCUGAUCUGGGACAUGAAGUCAUAGUGCAGAGCCAGUGACAGGAGUCGCCCGUCAUUUGCCUGGUCUAUCUCCACAGCUCCCAUGCUGCACUCGUCAGAAGCCCUCCCCACUAUCGUCUUCCUGGGUGCAGCACCCUCUGCCCGGUGCUGGUGAAGGGAGCUCGUAGGGACAGCACUGUUGGGCUGAUGAACACUGUAUGCGUUUUGUUCUGACCCUUCCUUUGGGACUGGGGCACACGCUAGCAUUUAAUCCACUGUGUGGGCCUAUCUCCAGUCCAGUGACUAAACUUAAACACAUCUGCAAAAGGACUCUGAGCAUGUCAUUAGUGUGGCCCUGCUCCCAUGUGAGAGAUGUGUUUACAUUGGAUGUUACUGAACAGCUCAUCUCCAGCAGAGGAAGAGAAAGUAGGGGAGAUUAAUUUGGGAUUUUGAUUCCAUUAUCAUGUCAGCUGACAUUAUGACUAAAUAAUGUAGUCAGGGUUUUUUAAAUUUUAUGUUACAUGUAGUAAAGGAUGGAUCUGUGCUUGCAAAUCACUCUAAUUUGGCAGGCUUAUUUUUGACAUUGGAAAGGGCAGAAAACAAUUUGCCCCACUGGUGUAAUAGGAAUUACAGCCCCAGUGCUGAAAACCUAAAGCUAUAGAAAGGAAUUCAGCGUGGGGGCUUGAGAAUCUUCAUUUUGAGUUGCCGUUUUCAGGAUCACAAAAUAAGUAAAUCACGUGUCAUGUUACAUGUUAAGAUGUAACCUGUGUUCCACAAAGUCCAGCAAGCCUCCCUUCCAGUAGCUCUCCCGCCAGCUGCCAAGUGGGAAAAAUGGAGUCCUAGCAGGUACCGGUUUCACUGUGGAGAACCUGGUUGUGAACGACGUUACUCAUGUUUCAGUACGGAUUGCUGGUUGACCUGCCCGCUGCUCUGUCACUGUUAAUAUGUCUAUAAAGUUUUCCACGUUUAAUUACAGACUGCCUGCCCGCAGUUCUGUCACUGUCUGUUAACGUGUGUAUAAAGUUUUUCCCUUGAACGCAGACUGCUGCUUGCUGGUUGCCCUGCCCGCUGUUCAGUCACUGUUAACGCAUCUAUAAAGUUUUUCUCCAGAGGUCACAAGCAGCAGGUGACAUCAUAAAAUGACAAGAUAAAUGGCAGCCUGUGUGUGCGAGUCCCUCCCCUCACGCACCGUGCGGCUUUCACGUCGUGGUCGUGGUCGUGGGCGCCCGUUCCGAAGAGCUGGCUGCCCCCGCCCUUACCACGGAAGGCGGCACGGAGGCUGCGUGCCCGGACCAGCGAGGAGAAGCGCUGCUGCACGCGGACUUAGCUGCUACCACGUUUCAUCCCUCUGAAUCUUUGACCAGCAAUUGGUGCACAAUUCUUACAGCAAGAUCAAGAAAUAGCAAUUAUGUGAGGAAUGUUGUUGACCUCUUAACACCUGCUACUAGUGGACUUCCUGUGAGGAGUUUUGUUUUAAUGAAAUGCUUUUGUUUUUUAGUCUUCAUUCUCCUUCCCUCAACCUCCCCAAGUGUGUUCUUACUUCCUUUGUUUAAUUUAAGUGAAACUUCUUGUCUGUAAGAGGCGAUCUGCAGGGUGGGGUGAUGAUUUUUGGUUUUGUGUUGUUCAUUUAGGGCAUCCUUGGGCCUCAAGGGUCUUUCCUUUAGGUCAUAUUCCUCAGAAAGUCUUUAAUCUUCCUUUGUUUUGGUUUGUUUUUCUUAAAGGAUAUUUUUAAAGCUUAAAUUUGUAUAUUAAUUUAGGACUUUAUUUAGAAGUAUAGGCUGCCAUGGUGGCAGUAGUAUAUUCUGAAAUGUCUCAUAGAUUCUAUUUUUGAAUAAAGAUGGUGUUGUUGAACAA